UUGACAUCAGUACUGCUCGACUAGCACUACUGCCCCUCUGCAUUUUGCCAAAUCUCCGCCACUCCUGGGACCUCGAUAUCCACCCAACCAUACGCUCUUAUUAAGAAAAAAAGGCAAAGUCCUUUUACAAAAAAAAAAUGAAGACUGCUGGUAAAGUCUUCGAUCCUCAAGAGCAAGCUCGACGUUUCAGCAAGAUGGCCUGGAUUCAACACUACGUCAACAAGAAUAUUCGUCCUUGUCAGGACUUGAAAGCUGGGUGGCGCGGCGCCGAGAUAUUACCAGACUGCCACCCAACCAAGACCACCAAAAAAAGUGCAACGUCGGCACGAGAAGAGGCCAGGGCUUUUCAACCACCACUAGAGGCUUCCGGUCAGCCUCGAACACGGAGGAGCGACGACACGCUCACGGUCUGGGCACCAAGCCCAGACAGCAACAAACGCUCCCCUCCCCAUCACUUGGGCGGGCAGAGGGGAGCCACCACAACCACACGUACCGACCAGGCAGUGGUCCCAGCACGGAAACCACUUCCACUGCCAUCGACAGCACAGGAAACAAUACAUCCUGUGCUGCCAAUCCCACCACCUGGGUUUCAAUUCCCGCGCAGGCCGAUCUUUCCACCACCCCCUGCGGCCUGGACGACCCAACUUGCAAGCGGCACCCCCAGGACAGCGCUCGGGAUGAGCCCACAUCCCCAUCGCCCAUAUCAACAUCAACAACCCUCGGCUGUCUCGUCCCUAUUCCCCCACCAUCGUCUUCCACAAUUCCUGGAAGGCAACAGCAGUACGGACUUGGCAGACUGGAUGUCCCGGACCCUGGUGCCGAAUAAGAACCGGGUAGUCUUCAUAUUGGGACUGCUCGUGUGCUGGGACCACUCGUGGUACGGCUUGGCGGUACUUUUUGCAUUUCUUCUUAUUCAUUGUUAGGAGUUGGAUUUGGUGGUUUUGGGCGAUUCUUGGAGGAAUUGGGACUUUAAGGAAUGUCCAACCCUAGGCUAUCAGAGGAGUU